CCAGAGUAUCACUUGGAGUGGCCUUAAAUAGAGCAUAAUUAUAUAUAUGAUUAUUGCAACAUCUUUAUGCCUGUAGCUUAAAAGACUUUUAUAGCUAUAUACAGGCAUAACUUGAAGAUGUUUCCUUCAAAGUAGCAGCCAGCGGGUCUAACGGUUCCUUGAGUUUCUGCAGACUUUCAUUAUAUACAGUGGCUUGUCCAGACCUCACCAUCUCAGCCAAUGGAGGAGUGGUGUACAGUGACACCACCAUCUGCAGAGCAGAGGGCUCCACGGCUACCUAUAUCAGUGGUGUAGGAAGGAAUUUCUCAAUGGGGGCUCUAUAGUGUUUUGAAUUGAAAAAAGUGUGCCUAUCCGGCUACGGAGUGCAGCUUGAUUCUACUUAAUAACCUGGAGAGAUGGGGGGCUCCAGCCCCUGGAGCCCCUCCUUCCUACGCCACUGUAUAUACACCUGUCCCACUGACUACCAGACGACUGGACUGACAGAGGACUUGUACUGUUUCUAGAUGGAGCGCUGGAUAUUCCUGUCUGCACUGUUAUCUGUCCUGACUGAGCUCACCCUCAUCAAUGGUAGUCUCGAAUUCCAGCCUAUACGAAGUUGGGGAGGGCGUGGAUAGACUACAUCAAUGGAGCGAUCAGCUACAAUCCAGUUACCACCCCUACACUGCAGGGAGCCGUGGCUACACACAGCUGUAUUGUCACUGGGUACCAAUUGUUCUCAUCCAUUGCCAUGGACUAGGACCUGUCAGUCUGACAGAACAUGGAGUGGAGAGGACAUCACUUGUGAACUUGUUAAUUGUGGCUCAUUGAAUAUUCCUAACAAUGGAGGAAUCAUGACAACACUUUACAGAAGGGACCUACCAAAGCAUGCUACCUACAGCUGUAACCCUGGCUACACACUGAGUGGAGGUCAGACCAGGACUUGUCAGGCUAGUGGAGACUGGAGUGGGUCUUGUAAUCAGGCCUCGAAAACUAUCCGCUUUUCGUCCUAUUUUUGCCGGGAAACUCGCUCGAAAUAAGAAAGCUGUGUUUCCUCGAGACAUUAUCUCCUUCAGCAAUUUAUAACACGCCUAUUCUGCUGGUCUGCUGAGUCGUAUCCAGGAGACAUUCAACUGCAUCGUGUGUCAGGAGGUGGUCUACCAGCCCGUCACUACCAUCUGCAGCCACAACAUCUGGAACCACUGACUAGAGAUAUCACUAUACUCAAGAUUGAGUUUUAAAAACUACGGUUUUUUUAUAUACGUGUAUCUUGUUUCUAGAGACCGUUUAUAACGCAUCAAUUUCUAUUUUCAAUUUGCAUCCAAUAAACAGUAUGGUUUUGCUUUUUCAAUGAGUAUCUUAUGACUAUCCCACUGCGUCCCUCACUUGUCCCCCCCCCCCCACAUACACACAUGCACACACUAGAUGUGUCUGAGUCGUUCCUUCAAGGUGGAUGUGUACAGCUGUGCUCCAACUGUCGUCAUGAUCUGGGCAAAGACUAUGCCAUGACAGUCAACAAGUCCCUACAGGCAGUACUAUUGGACCUGUUCCGGCCUGGAUACAAUGGAGGGAGAUCACACUACACACACUAACUGGGACCAUGCAGAGGAGGUGGGACGUGUGUCAUCAGUCACAUGGCAAUGGAAUGUGUGUGUAGCUAUGGUGCCUGUGGUAGAUCUACUGUUGUGCUCUCUAGCAAGCUCACAUCACCUUCUAGUAAUCUCGAAUAUUGUAAAUUGUUAUGGAAGAUGGCAACCAACCACAGACAAGGAUUUGUGCAUGAAAAGUAAAAGAUCUUCAAGCAGCCAAAACAGCAGCAAUCCCACGGUAAUUUUCUCAAAAUUUAGCUAUCAUGUAGCGAAAGGAUAGUACUACUUGUGGAUUAGCGAUCCCAGUGGGAUCCCGGCUCAAUAGCUUGAAAUUCACUAUCAAACCUAGUGGUUUUUACUGUAGAUAAGCUACUACGGAGAGCAGUCUAGGGUGGUUACUUCAGGUUAAACCUGGAUUGUUAAUUAUUAAAGCGCACAUGAUGCGUGUCCUACCUCCUCUGAACUGGGACCACUGAAUACUGUUAUUCUAGAACUGCAAUGUAGACUAGAUCUAGGCAUGUCAUGUCAUGUGUACACUUCCUUAUCAUGACUUUUGUUAAUUGCUUUCAGUAUAGAUCUAGUAUAUCUACUGAUGAAUCUACUUAGCUAGAGAAAUUUACUAGCUACAGCAAGAGUUCAUUAUAGGAUGAAUAAUGAACUCUUGGCUACAGGAAUAAUGAGAAUGUUCCCCUCAAGGUUAUUUCUCUGCUGUCUGCUAGGAAGUGUUUUCCUAGUGUAUGGACAGCCUUUGACUCGACUGGCAGCAUCCAAUGAGCCCCCUGGCACUGACCACACUGGAGAGAUCAUCUCGUUCUCUGAUGUUGGAUCAGGAGUUGGUACUGAUCCACGAGCCUGGUAUUGCUACACCUAUGACACUGGUGGUGUAGUGUGGCAGGGUCCUGGUGGGAGUACAUUGCCCAUAGUUCAAGGUAGGGAUGCAGUUGGGGACGAACUGUUCAUCAGUGGUGUUCGUCAUACUGCCGUUGCUCUGCAUCGUGGUCCCACACACUACAGUCCUGAUGGAGAACACUGCUGUGUGAGCACUAACACUAACCCCAAUUAUAGGAGAUGUGUCACCUUCACUCCCUGCCCCACACAGAGUCCCCUAUCUAAUGGAAGGAUAUCAUACGAUGCAACCACCAACAUAGCCACCUACAGCUGUAAUACUGGGUACACCACCAGUGGAGCUACUACAAUAACUUGUCAGAGUGAUGGUACUAGUCUUGGUACCUGGUCUCCACCACCUACAGUUACUUGUGCACUUGUGGAUUGUGGCUCCCCACCACCCCCUGGCAACGAUGCAUCUCCUGGAACACCCACCAGAACAACCUACCAAGGGACAGUGACCUACACCUGUGAUAGUGGGUAUGAGGUCUCCACUGGAGUCACCACAGCAACGGCUACCUGUAUGGCAAAUAAGAUGUGGGAGCCUGUACCAACUUGUUCACCUGUGAAUUGUGGCACCCCACCCUCCAUUGGCAAUGGCUCUCCUGAAACACCAACCAGCACAACUCUUGGAAGGAUGGUGAACUACACCUGUUUCAGUGGGUAUGAGGUCUCCAUUGGAGUCACCACAGCAAUGGCUACCUGUAUGGCUAAUAAGAUGUGGGAGACUGUACCAACUUGUUCACCUGUUGACUGUGGUUCUCUGGACGCCCCCUCCAAUGGAACAGUGGACACAUCCUCUGGAACCACCUUCAUGAUGACUGCUACCUACACCUGUAGCAAUGGAUACAACAUUGUUGGAUCCAAUACUCAAACUUGUGAGGCAAACAGAAUGUGGACUCCAGAGGCCCCCACCUGUGCACCUGUUGACUGUGGUUCCCUCACUGUUCCUAACGGGCAAAUCAGUACAUCCUCUGGAACCACCUUCAUGAACACUGCCACCUACACCUGUGAUGAUGGAUACACUCUCAAUGGAGUAUCAGAUAGAACCUGUCAAGCUAAUGGAAGCUGGGACCUAACAGCACCUACCUGUGAUUCUGUUGACUGUGGUUCCCUAAAUAACAUUGCCAAUGGACAAGUCAGUACAUCCUCUGGAACUACCUUUAUGAUGACUGCUACCUACACCUGUAACACUGGAUACAACAUUGUUGGUAGUGAGAGCAGAACUUGUGGAGCAAGUGGAGUGUGGUCAGGAGAAGCUCCACUGUGCAACUUGAUUUCUUUGAGCAGGGGAUUGAGUGUUAUUGUCAACAACUCUGCCUUAUCACUGGCGACCAUUGGAGAGGGUUCCUCUGCCCUCACCUGUCAUACUGAGCUCACCACCUGCUGCAGAGGAGUGGACAACAACGGCAAUGCUCUUGGAAGGUGGAGAGGACCAAAUGGUGACAGCAUUCCUGACUCGAACAACACUGAUGGUUUCUACGUGUCACGAGAUAUGAGUUCCAUUAGUUUGAACUAUGCUGAAGGCUCCAGUGAAGUAACUGGUACCUACUGUUGUCAAGUGCCCAGGGAGAGUGGGGCAACCACUAAACAUUGUGUCAUGGUUACUGUGGUAGUGGUCAAUGUUGUUGCUGUGGCUGCAGCUGGUUGGGUAGUUGCUGGAGUCUUAGCCAUUGCUCUACUGAUCGUAAUAGUGCUGGUUAUGCGGAGGCAACGGAGGUCUGGAUCCAAGGACAUGAGUGAUGAAAGGACAGGCGGUCAACCAAUUACAGAACUACCCCCAGUGGUGAUGAGUCAUCUCCCCUCCCAUGAUUACGAGGGCUUGAACAAACUACAAGAGGAGGCUGCCUAUGAGGUGGUGGACCAGCCACGCCCCCCUCCUCCUGCAGACUACCAGCUCUCAGCCUGUGCAGCUUAUGCAUCCACUGACUUCAAUUAACACAGAGAACAUUUGUCAAGUAGAGACUAUAACAACACAGACUGUCGGUCAAUUGUAUGAUAGUUUAGAUUUUGAUGUACAUGAAUUAGAAUAGGGGAUCAUAAAAACACAUGUUUUUUCCUAA